GUUCCCCUGACUUCAGAACCAGAUCUGGAGCUUGGCAUGGAUGUGUCCUUUGAGGAUGUGGCCAUUCACUUCUCUCAGGAAGAGUGGGUGCUCCUUGAUAAGGCCCAGAGGCUCCUGUACUGCAGUGUGAUGCUGGAAAACUUGGCACUUGUGGCAUCUCUGGGUUCCUGUACUGGAAUAGGGGGUGAAGAUGGAACUUGUGAGCGUACUGUGCCUGCAGAUGGGGUGGUGUGUAACAGAAGUCCAUCUCCUCAGGAGUCUCAUCUUGGGAUACCUGUCCCAGCUUUGGAAGACAUUUUGCACGAGACUGAGUUCCUGAGCACACACCCUGUGCAGAUGUUGUGCUCGGGCAGAACAGGUUCCAGUUUGAAUAAAGACAGUAACCAGCAUCAGAAGAGUUACAGUGGAGAAAAGUCCUGCGAAGGAGAUCCUCACAGGGAUUCAGCUAUGUCACGCUGCAGAUCCCAUGUGUUGACCAAGCCACUCAUCUGUGGGAAGGAUGGGGAGGAGGCCCUCUCUGCCACAGGCUGUCUUCAGCAGCAGGCCACUUGUAGUAGUGAACAGCCUCACAGUGGCGUCAAGUGUGGGGAAGCACUUUUGAAUGGAGAGAAACAUUGUAAGGACGGUGAAUGCCAAAAAGGUUCAAGCUGCAAACAUGCACUUGUUCAGUGUCCAAGUGCCUGCCCUGAGAAAAGGCCAUCUGAGUGUAGCAAGUACGAGAAAGCCUUCUGCAAUUACAAACAUGCUCAGCACCAGGACAGUCACCGGGGGCAAAGGACACAUGAGCAUAGUCAGCAUGAGAAGUCCUUCAGCAAAACGUGCCGCCGCAAUGCACAAGACAGAAUUCGUCCUCAAGAAAGGCCCUAUAAAUGCACUGAAUGUGGAAAAGCCUUUAUCUAUAAAUCUCAACUCAUUUACCAUCAGAGACACCACAGGGCUAGAGUACAUUAUGAGUGUGUGGAAUGUAGAAAAUCUUUCACCUACAAAUCCAACCUCACUGAACACCAGAGAAUCCACACAGGAGAAAGGCCUUAUCAGUGUGAACAGUGUGGAAAAUCCUUCAGACAAAACUCUAGCCUCUUUAGACACCACAGAAUUCAUACUGGAGAAAGGCCAUACGAGUGCUACGUAUGUGGGAAAUCCUUUAGACAGAUCUUUAAUCUCAUCAGACACAGGCGAGUCCACACUGGAGAAAUGCCUCACCAGUGUGCUGACUGUGGGAAAGCCUUUAGCUGCAAAGCUGAGCUCACUCAACACGAGCGAAUUCACAGUGGGGAAAAGCCUUAUGAGUGUAGCGAGUGUGGAAAGUACUUCAGGCAGUUCUCCAACCUCAUUCGACACCGGAGAGUGCACACUGGUGACAGGCCUUAUAAGUGCAGUGAGUGUGAGAAAUCCUUCAGUCGCAAGUUCAUCCUUAUCCAGCACCAAAGAGUUCACACUGGAGAAAGGCCUUACAAAUGUGGGGAGUGUGGCACAUCCUUCACCCGGAAAUAUGACCUCAUCCAGCACCAAAGAAUUCACACCGGCACAAGACCUUAUGAGUGUGAAGAAUGUGGCAAGUCAUUCAGACAAUGUUCUAGCCUCAUCCAGCACCGGAGAGUUCAUACCGGAGAGAAGCCUUAUGAGUGUGUUGAAUGUGGGAAAGCCUUUAGUCAGAGUGCUAGCCUCAUUCAACACCAGCGACUGCACACUGGAGAAAGACCUUAUGAGUGUAGCGAAUGCAGGAAAUCCUUUAGCCAGAGUGCUAGCCUGAUCCAACACCAGAGAAGCCACAGUGGAGAAAAGCCUUAUGAAUGUAGUGAAUGUGGCAAGCCCUUCACUAAUAAGUCUGACCUGAUUCAGCACCAAAGGGUUCACACUGGAGAAAGACCUUAUGAGUGUCAUGACUGUGAGAAAUCGUUUAGCCGUAGAUCGAAUCUUGUCCGACACCAGCGAGUUCACACCUAA